AUGAAUGACCCGCUGGUAAAUAUUUGGAUAAUUGCAGAGAGUGAUGGCACCAUUCGCUCCACGCACUGUUUAGGUUGCAAAGCGGGGCUGGCUGAGUCCUGUUCACACAUCGCAAGUGUCCUCUUCUACAUUGAAGCUUGGAUUCGAAUAAAUGGCAAAUUAGCUUGCACACAAGUGAAGUGUUCGUGGCUGUUACCCACAUACGUGAAUGAGGUGCCCUAUGCUAGGGUUCGAGAUAUUGACUUUUCUUCAGCAAAAAGAUUGAAGGAAAACUUAGAUGCAAAAAUUGAUUGUUUGACGGAGAGCAACAUCAAAGAUCUGUUUUCACCUCAGCAGGGUCAAGCGGAAAUGGGACGCCCCGACGUUUCUUCCCCGUCACAAGCGGAAAUGAGUUCUCUCUUUGAGAAAUUAAAGAGCUGCAAAAUCAAGUCAGUUGCUCUGAGUUUGACUGAUGAGUAUGCUGAUCAGUUCAUAGCGAAAAGUAGGACUAUCCCUGUUGUUUUUGACUUAUUUGAGACAGAGAAUCUUGACUUGGAUUAUCAUGAACUAUUGCAAAAAUGUGCAGAAGUUAACUUGGAUAUCUCACGCGAAAGCAUCGAGCUCAUUGAGAAGGACACAAGGGCUCAAGCAAGGGGCUCAGGAUUCUUUCGUCACCGUGCCGGGAGAAUUGGUGCCUCGGUCAGUGGGGCUGCUUUUCACAGUAACCUGUCACAACCACCCCAGGCACUGAUAAAAAGUAUUUGUUACCCAAAUGUUUUCAAGGUGAAUACUAAGGCCACAAGACAUGGGUGCAAAUAUGAGGAUGAUGCUAUUAGUGCAUAUGAAAAUGAAAUGAAAAAAACUCAUUCUAACUUUACACUUACUCGAUGCGGUCUCUUUGUCAAUGAGCAACAUCCAUUUCUACAUGCCACACCAGACUUCCUCACAGCAUGUGAUUGCUGUGGGCUUGGUUGCGGAGAAGUGAAAUGCCCUAUUUGCAUAAACAAUUGUGACUUUGAAAAAUACACAAUGGAAAAGAAUGCCUGCUUAGAAAAAGUGGAUGCAAUGUUUCGCCUGAAAAAGCACCACAAUUAUUAUUUUCAAGCACAGCAACAGCUUUUCACUGUAACUGACAGAAAACACUUGACUUUGUGGUAUGUGCCAUCAGCCCCCACAGAGAACCGCAAAUAGUUAUAGAACGUAUUUAUCCGGACUUAGAGCAUUGGCAUACUGUACUCCCAAAACUUGAAGCUUUUUGGAGGGUAAGUAUCCUCCCUGAGAUUCUGGGUCAUUGGUACACAAGGAAAUGUACCUUGCCCAUGAACAAACCCAAUGACAAUGGGAUAUGCCUUUGUCGGGGUCCACGGGAUGACACUGUCAUUACAUGUAGCAACCCAGAAUGUCCAUAUACAGAAUUUCAUCCUUUAUGUUUGGCUCUUGGUUCAGCUAUGACCCCCAAAACAUGGUACUGCCCACACUGUUCUAGAUUGCCACAGUUCAAACGGAGAAGGGAACGUUCCUUAUCUGCCAAACAGAGUGCACAGGUAGCAGUAAACCAGGCUGCCUCGCAGUGUAACAACAUUUGUGUUUGUACUUCUAAAGCAAGCCCAACAGACAAACUAAUUGAGUGCCAUUCAACAGAAUGUAGCAAUGGAAAGUUUUUUCACCUAGCUUGUCUCGGUUUAAAAAGAAGGCCAAACAAAUCUAAGACAACCUGGCAAUGUAGUGCUUGUAAAAAAGCAAAACAGCUAGUCAAAGCUACUACUUGUACUUCUUAUGCGUCAGAACCAACAAAAUCUACAACUGAAUCCCCUGUCGUGCAUGAUAGUGAUGGUGAUGAUGUCGAUGAUGAGGAUGAUGUCAGCAUCACUCAAGUAACAGUAGGUGCUGCAAACAAACAAAGCGCCCUUGCAAAGCUUGUUGAGAGUGAUUAUCAAACAAUUCUCAGCCCAGCCGGGUGGCUUACUUGUGAUAUAAUCCAACAGGUUCAAGUGCUCCUACAGAAAGAAAAUUCAUCGAUUGAGGGAUUUCAGCGGCCCACCCUUGGCCCAGUACGCAACUUCAAUGUUGUGUCUGGGGAAUUUGUACAAAUACUACACACGGGCAGUGACCACUGGGUAUGUGUUAGCUCGAUAGGAUGUUUGCCAGGCUAUGUGAAUCUUUAUGACAGCCUUUAUCAUGAUGCAAUUUGCCAAGAAGUGGAAGACCAAACUAAUGAUUUGCUGGGUGGAAGAUUGGUCAGUCUACAGUUUGUUUCCGUUCAGCAACAAACAAAUGGCUGUGACUGUGGCAUAUUUGCAAUAGCCUUUGCCACGUGCCUUGCUUUAGGCACUAACCCCAGCAAUGUGACAUUUUAUAUUCAAAGAAUGCGUUCACAUUUAGUUACAUGUUUAAGGGCAAGAAAAAUGAGCAUGUUUCCAUGUUUUUGA